UAUGAGAGGAGUGAGGCUUGAAAAAGAGAGUGGUGGACCUGCAGCGCUGUAGAAAGUGAGACAGACAGAGAGAAGCAGCAGAGACAAACAAAACACACACAACCAACCUGACUGCAACCUCCUCUUACAACAGACACACACACACACACACACACAGACCAGCAGGUAUACAGGCAGAGGAGUGUACCUAAAACUCACCAGACAUACAUACAUUGGUCUCUCUUUCACACACACACACUCAAGUCAGCAGCAGCAUGUUUCGGUGGAGGCUCCCCCAGGCAGUGUGUGUGCUGUCGGUGUGUGUGUGCCUGCUUCUCGCAUAUGAGGAUGAUAUUGAGGUCAACUACGCUGACACCUACUACAAUGAAAUCACAGAGGGAGACACACCAGAACCCACACCGAGCUCUUCGCCCUGCAGUUCUCCAGACCUGACCAAGUGGGACAAAAUCUUCUCGAUGCUGGAGAACAGUCAGAUGAGGGAAAACAUGCUGCUUCAGUAUGCUGAUGAUAUCAUCAAGGUGGAGAUGGGGUCACUGCGUGGAGAAAUGCUCAGGUUUGUAGCCCAGUAUGGCGGCUCCUGUGGGGUUGCAGUGGAGACAGCAGGAAGAAGGAUGGCCUUGCAACUGGAGGGCCGCCUCAGAGAAACCUUGGAGCGCCACAAACUUGGAGCUCAGACUUCUGCUGCUGCUGCUGGGAAUUCUGUUGGGAAUUCCAACAACCUGGAGCCGAUGCUACAUCAGCUCCUCUCCGCAGCACGAGCACAGGCCUCCCGACUCACCAAGCUGGAGACCAGCUGCUUCAGCAGUCCUGAAGCUGGGAUGGGGAUGAAUACAAAGACAGGAUUCCAGCUUCCAGAGGGUGGAAGGGCUGGGCACCAGGAGCAGGAAGUCACAUCACGAGAGGUGGCUUUAGACGGGGUGCUGGCUGCGCUGCAACAGACGAGGGUGGAGCUGGAGGAGGUGCUGAGGUCAUCGAGGCAAAGAUACCUACCCGCAGGCUGUGAGAUGGCCCUGCUCUUCCCGAUGCGUUCCCGUCGAAUCUACACCUCGGUCACACCAGAUGUCCCUCUCUCCAUUUCGUUCUUCACUGUCUGCAUGUGGGUAAAGCCAACCACUGUCGCCAACAAAACUGUGCUGUUCUCCUAUGGAAACCGUCGCAACCCAUAUGAGAUCCAGCUGCUCCUUGGCCAAACCUCUGCACUUUUCACCAUUGGAGGAGAGGCUCACCUGGUGGAGGCACGAGGUGCGGUGACCCCGGGAGAGUGGAACCACUUGUGUGGGGCUUGGUCCUCUAAGCAGGGCCUGGCGAGCCUGUGGGCAGGCGGGAAAAAAGUGGCCUCCACACCUGGAGUGGCUGAGGGUCACACCUUACCCGACGGGGGCUCACUCCAGCUGGGGCAAGAGAGGAACGGCUGCUGCCCUCAAUCUCCAAGCAGCGGAACCGGCAUGACAGGGUUCGAGGGAGGGUUCGAUCCCAAGCUGGCAUUUGCUGGGAAGAUGACAGGAGUGAACAUGUGGGACAGGGUGCUGUCAGAGGAGGAGAUUUCCCAGCUGGCUUUGCAAAAGGGAAAGGGCUGCGAGCAAAGAGGAAACAUGGUGGCGUGGGGCGUGACGGAGAUGGUGCCACAUGGAGGCGCUCAGUUCAUCUACUAACUGACUUCUACUCUUCAUCAUUUUCAUCAGCAUCAUCAUGAUCAUAAUCUUCAGUGAAUAUCAGCAACAUCGUAUUAUGUUUUCAUGCUAAAACUGAAGAGAGCAACUUACAACUGCUUUUAUCAUCAUCAUCUUUGUCCCUAUAGUUUAGUGUUUGAAUUUUUAUGUUGUCUGACUGUUUUAUUCAUCAUCUUCAUCGCUAUUAACACAAACUAAUGCUGCAAUGAACUCUACUGGACACGUUCAGAUGAGAGAAAGCCAAUGCUGUGAGAGACUGAAGUUUAUUUUUAUAACAUAACCUUUUGAACUGAGGCCAUAACACACACAUACACAGACACGCUGCAUUCUUUGUCACACACCCGUACUACACACACACUCGCACUGACGUACAUUCAGCUUAGAAAACUCGUAUUGUAGCAGGAAACGUGCUGCAAGCAGCAUUUACCAAAGACUUAAUUAGACAGCAAGAAAGACAAAGAGUCUGUUGUUAAAGUGAAUGGGUUCUGAGCCAGUAAACAGAGUAAUCACCAGACAGCCAUGCAGGAGAGGAAAAAAAGAUGUCACAGACGAUUACAAGAGAUUAUCUUGUAACUGUAGAGUGAUUUUUUUGGGUUUUUUUUUUUUUUUUGGAGUAACAAUGCAUUUUCCUUUUUUCCUAUCUAGUUUUGUGCAAGUGCAAAAUCUGUUUCCCUAUUGCAUUUUUACUAGAGAACAUUAUUAUCAUAAAAUAUUUACUUUCCUACCAUAGCAGUCUUGUAGGUAUUGUCAUCUAUCCCCAUUACAACUGAAAGCAGAGCUACCAUAUAAUAUGUGAUUUUCAAAAUACCUGUGUGACUGAAAACUGCUGUAUUUGCUUUCACUUCAAGCCUGGCCAUUUAGUGACUCUAGAAACAGCUUCAAAUGAAAUUAUCAUUAUUUUAUUAUCAUCAUUUUCUUGAACAUGUGAAAAUGUUUAAAGCAUUUUAAGACCUUACAUUUCCAAACCUGUACUCAGUACUAAGUGUUUACAUUCAUAGGAGUUAUAAUUCUGCUUUGUUAGGUUUAUUUGUCAGUAGUUCUCAUUUAAUUUUAGGGUAAUAUAUAUGUGUGUCUUCUUUUUUGAUACUGCAGUAAGUAAUGAGAGUAAAACUAUCGUAUAGUAUUUGUCAUUGGAGAUUGAGAUUGUUUUGUUUUUUUUAGUUUGACAAAAAGAAACUGAGGACAAUGUUUACAAUCUUUUAUCUAAUCUUUUAUUAACUAAGUUGUCUUGUAUUAUAAUGUAAAUUGCUUUUGUUUUUGUCUUGUGAAAAAGUGAAAUUGAAUGUAUUUUGUACAUAAAUAUAUUUUGCAUAACAUGACUGGAUGAAUGGAGAGUGAGUUAUGAAUAAACAUUUCAAGUUAUAGUAUA